UUAUUAUUACCAUAUUCUUCUUUGUACAAAAAAUUAUUGUGCUUAUAUUAGUAUUCAGUAAUCACGGAAACUAUUGAACCAGUAGACACAUUUUGUACACGUAGGUAUUCCUUUUUGAGACUCUGGGAGUGUUUAUAGCUUCGUUUCUCAAUCCAUAUAUAUUGCUAUUGGGUAUUUGGGUGGCUCACACGGUCACACAGAAAUUUUGGUUUGGCUCACGAAAAUCAAAUAUUUUUUUGUUGUUAUUGGUUAUAGAAAUAAAAGAUACUUUUAUAAAAUCAAUGGGUACUGGAUAGUAUUAUAUAUAAAAAUAAACGUAUGUUUGUAGCUUAUGCUCAAAAACUACUUGACCGAUAUUAAGUAAAAUUUUGAAAAUACUUCUUAGUGGUAAUAUCAGAAAAGUGUACGAGGCGUACCUCGAUAGAAGUUUUAAUCAUGUUCAAAACAGGGGGACGCCCAUCUCAGUCGAAUUAGCUCACAAUCUGUGUGCAUAGAUGCCGAUUUUCCAGUGAAUUUAUAUACACCUAUAAACAGUGCCGUAUUUUAUAUUUGAUCAUUUUUUCCCAACAAAGUUGGAUUAUACAGCUAGUUCUUAUUAUAUAAUAUGGUAAAAACUAUUAUAUUUAUCUUGAUACAGUUUUUAGUUUUAUUAAUUUGAUAAUUAACUAAAUUAAAUUAAAUAAUGGUACCUAGGUUAGGUAUAUCCAAGGUAACAGUUCAUAGAUACUGUUUGUUUCUUACUAUAUAAACAGCUUCACGACCCAAUCUUUCAUGUGAAUAUAAUAUAGUGUUAAAAUUAAAGUAUUUCUGUCAUUACUCCACAUUAAAGCUGUGUAAUAUAUGCAUUAAUUAUGUUUAAGUUUAAUUUAUAAGAACAAUAUAGGUACUAUUUAUUAAAAAUGUCUAAUAUGGAAAUUGUAAAAUCGAUAUCAGACACAAAGAAAAUAUCAUCUAAAGAAAUUAAAGAUAAUGUACAAGCAAUCGAAAAAAUAAGUAACCAUGAUAGAUCAAAAGUAUCAUCUCGGUCAACCCAAUUGAGAUCAUUAUUUACGUGUGGCGGACCAGGAAUGAAAGAAUUUGAUUAUGAUAUUGACAUAAAUUAUGCAAUUGGGAUAUUAAAAAAAGAAGAUGGAAAUGUUAAUGUGUAUAGUCAUUUACAAGACAUUUUAGAUAAGAUAUUAUUGGAAAGGCCUAAAAAUCCACUAAAAAACUUUGAAAAAUAUAGCAUGAUGUUGAAGCGUACAUAUAUUCAUAAUGAUGUUAAUUUUGAACGUGUCUUUGUGGAUAACAUAAACCGGAAUUAUUGCUUUAAGAGUUUACAAAUGUAUAAGUGUGCAUUGAAAAAACAAGUUGAACAACAAAAACAAUAUAAUAAAAACAAAAAAAAUAUUAGAAAGAUAGAAAUUGAUCAACACGAAGAGAAGAAAACUAUGAAUAAUAUUAAUGAUACUGUGCAAGUUCAGAAUCUUUGUGAAGUAAACUAUAUGUUUAAUAAAGCUGGUUUUGGACUUCCAAUGGAUGAAGCUGCAGUUAUAUACUUAACAAUGAAUGAAAUGGCUCAGUUAAAUAAAUUUGAAAGCAUAAGGUUUUGGGGAAAAAUAUUUGGGAUAAAAAAAAUGUAUUAUGUAAUAGAAUGCAAAUGGUCAGCCGCAGAAUUAGAGCGUAAACUAAUGAGAGUAAACAGUGUAAGCCAUUACUCAAAAUCAUCAAAACAUUUAGAUAAUGAUGUCACUAAUGACUCACUUCGACAAGACCCCAAAUUAAUAGAUCCAGAAAAUGAAUUUGAAUCUGCUGUAUCAUAUAUUGAAGGUGAAAUGGCUGAAAAUUCAAUUAAUCAUUACGAUUCAUGGAUUAAUUUAAAUGAUAGUGACAGUUGCAUAGCAAUACCCAAAUCCUCGUCAAAAACCUUGUUACCACCAGAAAUAUUCGGAGUCGGUGCAAACAAAAAUGUAUACUUUGUCACAAAUAAAUUAAAUACCCAAUGGAUAGAACUAGAAUCGGUCAAGCCACAUCAUAUAGUUGAAGCAAGAAAAAUAAAACGAUAUUUCACCGGGAAAUUAAAAAAUCCGAUAAACAGUUUUUCAAAGUUCGAUGGUUCAGAAACUGAAUAUCUUAGAGCUCAAAUUGCACGAAUAUCAUCGAGCACUCAAAUAUGCCCACGUGGGUAUUAUAUUAUAGAUGAAAAAGACAAAGCAGAUUUGAGUAGAAUAUCAGACCUAAGAUCCACAAAUUCAAUUUCUAGCAGAAAAAAAAGUGUUGGUGACCUUAUACUCAACGAAAAUACAAAACCCAUUUCUAAUAUUAAUUUAACGAAUGUAAAUUAUUGGGUGCAUAAGAAUCCUCACAUAGACAUUAAUGGAGUUACCCAUAAAUCAGGUUUUUCUAAUCUGUCCCAUUCGAAAAAACACGAAGUCAAUGCUGAAGAAUUUGGAGAAGAAGACCAUUUUAGUUAUGGUGAAAAUGUAAAUGUAAAUUCUAAGAGUGAUUUAUUUGGAAACUUAGGAAAUGAUAUCUCUGUUGACAAUACAUCAGCGUGGAAAGGUGUUCUUUGCUCUCCGUUUGAUCCUCGUCACUCUCAAGCAAUAAUGAAAUCUCAUGUAUGGCCUGGAGCUUUUGCAGUUGCUUACAAUCUCCAAACUGACUAUAUGUAUAUUGGAUGGGGUCAAAAGCAUGAUUAUAAUAUGCUUUAUAACAUUUUUAUGGACGAAAUUAAAAUGGAAAAUCCAACUCAAGAUGAUACUUUUACGGUGGAGCUUCAAGAAUUUACUAAGAAAGAGAAAAUGGAGAAUGAAACACAUUGCUUACAUAAAAAUAAACAUAAUAACCCUUUUCCACUACGAUUUAAUCGUACAAAAUACAAAGGUGGUGAAAAAGUUAUUACAUAUUAUACUUACGAGUAAUAAGUAGAAUGUUCAAUCAUAAAUUGUUAAUAAAAAAUAUCAUGCAAAUAAAAUAUCAAGUGAAUUAUAAUUUUAUGUUUGCUGUAAUUUGGAUACUAUCGUAAAGUAGGUACCAAAUUUUUACCAAUAGGUUGGUUUCAAUAAAUACACACUCAAUCGUCAAAAUAUCAUAAUUGCAAGCAUAUAUAUUUGGCAUCAGCCUUGCCAAUACUGUCACGGAUUUGGCUGCCUUGAAGGCGACUAUCUAGAAUGACCCCCAAGUCAGUGGCGUAUUUAGGAAUUUGUCAUGGGGAGGGUCCAGUUAAUUUUCAGAAAACAGAGUCGUGGGGGGCAAAGCCCUCCACACCAC